UGUUUAUAAGCCGGCCGGAUUGAUCAAGCUACUGUAACAUCAAGGACAAGCAGCAGGACGGGCUUUUUUAUUUGUUUGCAAACAAUUACUGUUUAUUGCAAUCUGUUCUGUUAUAAAGUUACAGGAGUCGAUAUUGUGAAGGAAUAAUAAACAAACAAAACAAAGAAACAACAUUUUCACGGAUUUACUUGUUACAAAUCAACACCUAAAGAUGUUUCCAGAACAAGGGUACACCUAUGAGGAGUACAAGGAGACUGCUGACUGGCUGCUAGCGAAUACGCAGCACCGCCCCCUGAUUGCUAUUAUCUGUGGCUCUGGGCUUGGUGGACUGGCUGAGAUUCUGAAAGAUCAGAAGGUGUUCAGUUACUCCGACAUUCCCAACUUCCCACAGAGCACAGUGCACGGCCACGCUGGGAGACUUGUUUUUGGAAACCUAAACGGGAAAUCGUGCGUCUGCAUGCAGGGCAGAUUCCACCUGUAUGAAGGCUAUCCCAUCUGGAAGGUCACGUUCCCGAUCCGCAUCUUUCAGCUGCUUGGCGUCGAGACGGUCAUUGUGACGAACGCGGCGGGCGGCCUGAGCGAGGACUACAAGGUGGGAGACGUCAUGCUGAUCAAGGACCACAUUAACAUGCCGGGCUUCGCUGGGAACAACCCUCUGGUGGGACCCAAUGACGAGAGGUUCGGGGUGCGCUUCCCCUGCAUGUCUGAUGCCUACGACCGUGGCCUGAGAAAGCUGGCCAAGACUGUAGCCAGGGAGCUGGGCUUCUCUGAUUUCCUGAAGGAGGGUGUGUACUGCGUGCUGGGAGGGCCUUCCUUCGAAACCAUCGCUGAGUGCCGUAUGCUCAGGAAACUUGGGGCUGAUGCUGUUGGCAUGAGCACGGUGCACGAGGUGCUCGUCGCUCGCCACUGCGGCAUGCGUGUCUUUGGGCUGUCUCUCAUCACUAACAAGGCCGUGAUGGACUACGACAGCGAGAGCAAGGCUAACCACGAGGAGGUGCUCCAGACGGGCAGAGAGAGAGCGAGCCACCUGGAGAGGAUGAUCUCCAGCCUCAUCGAACGCUUGGAGCACAACAACAACGUGUGCUGAGUCUGGAAUUGCCGCCCACUUAACAUUGCAUCUGAGGUCCCGUUGCAAACCCACUUAUCAAUCGCGUUCAUUUAUACUAACAUACCACAGCCACGCAAACUUCCUUUCAGCACAUUUUAAUAUAAUGCUAAGGCAAUGCAAGUCCGAAUCGAGUGGCUGAAAUUCAGAGCCUACCUCGGUAAAGCUGGCAUUACUUCUUUUUUUCUUUUUUUCAGACAUGAAAUGUAAAUCCUUAUUUGCUUUAACUUGUUAAUAUGGUUUAUAAUAGUCAAUUAACUUUUCAUCAUGCCAAUUCAGAAACAGAGCAGUUUGCAAUUGUUCCUCUGUAUUGAAAUAGUGAGACUGUAUAAGACAACACAGCCCUGGUACUCUCUAGUAGCAACGGGAGAGUUCAUGUAGGAUGGCACUUAAUAGUUUUUUGGGGUUUUUUUUGUAAUGUUUUGCUAUUUAUUUGUAGAAGUCUUGCACUUGACACAGGCGGGAGCUUGUACAGUGAAUGAACGCUGUAUACUGUAAUCUAUUUAUGUGCUUAUCUCUCUUCCAGUCCAUAAAUGAAUGGAAUCUAGUUUACUGCAGUUGUACAAUAUUCGCAUUGUGCACACGGUUAUGUGUGUUUAUUUCAGGAAUUUUGUUUUUAAAUAAGUGGUACACCAAAUUAAUUACAUUUCUCUAUCUCAGGUUUACAACAAUCGUGCUCUAUGAAUGAACUGUCCCUGCUUGACAGAUUGCUCUUAACCCUUACAUUCCUUUUGCAGAGUUCCUUAAUGCCUUGUUUUGUAUUUAUGUAACCAGUAACGCCUGCAUUGAUUUGAGUUUGCUACCAGUGUCUAAUGUGCAAUAUAUACGGUGAUACUGUAAAUGAAGUUUUAUGAUAAAGAUUUCAAGCACAUUUUUGGGGGAUUUCUUUGAACGAGUUCUGAUACUGGUUUUGGUCAAUUUUAAUUUACCUAAUAUUUAAUGCCUUUUUUUUAAGCGGGUGAAGGCAGAACAAUACUUUUAAUUUAUUGAACUGGUUUCAAAUCUUGGAUCUCUUUUCCUAAUAUUACAAUGAGUGAUAUUCCCAGUCUGUGGAACUCUGCAAAUGUUUUAAUAUGGUUUAAUUAUUGAUUUUUUUGUUUGUUUGUUUUUUUUUUAUUGGUUCCCAGAUGCUAAGAUAUGAUUAUGAAUGUCUGCAUAUUUAUUUAACGUUGUAUAUGUUAUGGUGAAUUUCAUUCCUGCUUAUUUAAUAUUAUAAAUGGAUAUACUGUAUUUGAGAAGCUGUGGGUGGAGAGGAAUUUCCUGUAAUGUACAAUAUUAAAAAAGUCAAAUUAAA